UUUCUACUAGCUGUCUUAAUUGGGCCAUUUUUUCUCUAGUACAAAAGUUCAUUUUGUAGGCAGCAUAAAACCUGACCUGACUUUGGCAGACAAUCAGUGAAUUUUUAUUUUCAGAAAGAUAAGAUUUAGAAAAAUGGCAUUUUGCGUCGUAAGAUCUGCACUUCGAGGAAAGAUCGUGACUUCUCUUCGUCAGGGGUUCCCGAGACCUCUGACCUGUGGCCUGUCGACGAAGGAGAAAGUCGAUGAGAAAGACAUCAAAAAGUCUGUGUUUAUAUCUCAAUCGAGCGAUGUCUACACCAACCUCGCCCUUGAGGAUUGGAUGUACAACAACCUGGACUUUACGAACCACCACGUAAUGCUCCUCUGGAGGAACGAUCCCUGUGUGGUCAUCGGACGCCAUCAGAACCCUUGGUGCGAGUCGGAUUUGACCAGUCUGGAAAACAACAGAGUCUCCCUCGCAAGGAGGAACUCGGGAGGAGGUGCAGUAUACCAUGAUCCAGGCAACCUCAACAUCACUUUUUUCGCACCGAAACAGAGAUACAACAGGAAAAAUAACUUGGUAUUGUUGGCAAAGACCUUGGAGAGGGAGUGGAAUCUCCGACCUGAGAUAAGCAGCAAAGAAGACAUCCUAAUCGACGACACCUACAAGAUUUCUGGUACUGCUUCAAGAAUCGGAAGGCUCAACACAUACCAUCACUGCACGCUUUUAGUAGAUGUUGAUAAGAAACUUUUAAAAUCAUCACUUGUUCAAAAUGAAGAAAUGUCCAUCAGUGGUAGUACUGCUACAAAAAGUGCGCCAUCGCCGACCGUAAAUCUCAAAGAACUCCACUCAGGAAUAACAGUGCAAAAGUUAGUGGCGGAAGUCGGAUGGCAGUACCUGAGGACUACUGCCUUGACACAGCAGGACGGUGGUUGGAAUCAGGUGCAAAAACAGAACGGUUUUCAAUUGGUCAAUCCAAGUCACGAUUGGUUCCCUGGUAUUGAUGAAAUUAAGAACAAUUUGCGCACCUGGGAAUGGAGAUUUGGAAAGACUCCGAAAUUUACUGUCAGCCAGGAUCACAACGUUGGUUGUGGAACCGUCCACAUCGAUAUCAAUGUUGAAGGAGGUCUUGUAAAAGACGUGUGCAUGACUUUACCCGAAGAUCUGUCAUGGGGUAAUUUGACUGGGCGUGUAUCGAUGUUGACGAGUGCCAGGGGUCAGCGUUUUUCCCCAUCUAUCUUCACGAUUGUCAAGCAAGCUAUAAAGCAACAGCAGCUCCACUUUACAAAAGAACAUCAAAAGCAGGCAGCUAGGGUCUGACUUGUGCCGAACGAACCGAGUCCAGAUGGCUGAUCAGGACAAAAAUUUUCCAUCGCUUAAAGUUCAAGGGGAGUCUGUCAAUGCCACGUCGUAUUGUUAAUUUUAAAUUAAGUUGGUGAAUUGAAUAAAAAAUUAAUUAAUGAUUUAAA